CUUCAUUAGAUUUGAUAGAUAUGAGUCAAGAAAGACCUUUAAAGCCCAAAAGAAAGACAAGCGCAACAUACACAAAACCUAGAACAAUGGCAUCUUUGGCAAACCAAAUAAGGACUUCGUUUAGCCAAAAAUAUGUUGUUCCCGCUAGACAAUCAAACAAAGAGCGGCCUAAUAUUAUUGCAGAGAAUCUGCCAAGAGCAGUAGCCCAUGCACAAACUAGAUCAACCACUUCUGCAAAAUAUGUUGCUCCUGCUAGACAAUCAAACAAAGAGCGUUUGAAUAUGAUCGAAGAGAAUCUGAUAGUGCCACAAUAUUCAGAAGUAGCAGCCCAUGUACAAACAAGAUCAACCACUCCUACAACACAAGUAAUAGAGGAACAAGUUCAGUUGGAUUCUACAACUCCUAUUGAAGAUGAACAAUGUGAAGAACAAGUUGAAGGCCCUUCUAAUCAAACAAGAAAAAGAGGAAAAACAAAGAUGAGUGUACAUGGACGACAUGAGCGUAAAUUAAUUUUACUUAACAACUUAAAUCAACCCGUCGGUCCUAGUGACGCAGUUGUGAUAGAGUUUGGAAGCUUCCUCGGCACAUUGGCAAGGAAUGCGACUCUAUGUCCUCUUGAUAUUUUGGAUUGGAGGAAGAUGGACACAAAAGAGGAUAUAUGGGAAUAUACCAAGGAUAAAUAUGAUAUUCCUGAAGCUGCAAAAAAAUAUACUUUGGAAUCAGUUCAAGCUGCCUAG